ACCCUUUAACUUUGUCUGUAUAUACACGUAUAUAAUCAUUUAGACCACAGAUGUUCAAAUAAUCUCCACACUAUUUUACUGCAUGAAUAUACAACUUUGUUUAUCUAGUGACGUGCAUGUAUGCAUUUGUGCUGUCCCAUUAUAUUGAUUGGACUAAAAAAUGUUAUAGAAAAGAUGGAAAUGUUCUAAUAUUAUUCAUAAGUAUAAAAUAUUCUGCGGAUUUUCUUUUUUGAAAGAUCCUUAUGAGUUUAACUUGUAAUAUUCGUAAUUUAGCUGACCAAGUUAAACAUAAAUUAAUUGGUGAACGUAGGAGAUCAUCAAGUUCACAUGAGUCAGAUAAUUCUGGGGAAAUAAGUGGCAAACAUGGAAGACGUAUCACUAUUCAAAAACCUCACCAAUAUACCAUCCAAUCUGAGCAAAAAGAUCAACAACUACAUCGAACAACAACGACGAAUACAGAAGUAUCAUCACAAAAACACAAGAUACAUCAACAGAGCAAUUUAUUGCAUGACAGUAAUGAUAAUAAUAAUUCCCUACCAUCUGAUCUAAACAACAGGUCAAUACCACUUGAAACAAAUAAUACAACUGAUAAACGAUUACAAAAACAGCAAUGUCACUUGAUAAAAUCUAUGUGUUAUUGUCAAGUUAACUCAACAUGUCCAAAUCAAACAAACUGCACAAUAUCAAAUACUAAUAACGUGCAGUCUAUACCUCCUUCAUCAUGUAUGCAUAAUACACAAAAAUUACAAAAUAUACCUACUCAUAAAAUAUGUAAACAAAUUACUCCUACGUCUAAUCCAUCACCUAUUUUACAAGAUCGUUCACAAGAUUAUUCAGAAAAUGAAACAGAUAAUAAUAUUGUAUCAGAAACAUCAAUACAACAUCAUUGUUGUAAUCAAACUCCUAAAUAUUAUCAACAACAUCAUUCUAAACAACGUGUAUAUGUUUCAAAUAAUGAACAUUCAAGGCAUGAUAUAACUCGAAAUGAAUCGCAACAAAACAUUAAGGCUUCACCUACAUCUCAUGUCAACAGCAAAAUGUGCAAUCAGUAUAAAGGAAAUACCUCCAAGGAAAGCAAAAACAAUCCCACCACUUCUAAUACUAGUACCAUUACUACUGUGGCAUCUACUUCUAAUGUUACUAAUAACAGUCAUAAAAUGUUUAGCUGUCAUCAAAGUUCUGAUAUAAAUUUACACCAAACAACAGAUUAUCCUUUAAUGAAUGAGUGUCAACAACAACAUGGAUCGACAUAUUUCAUUCCACUUGUACCAGAUCUAUCAAUUCCACAAGAUGAAACACGUUCAGGUAGUUUGGGCAGUGCAUAUCCUUCUCAUUGUAUACCUUAUCAUUUCGGACAUAGUAAGUAUGCUUUACUUCAAGGACACAAUCAUCAACAUCAUCUACUUCACCGUCAUUCUCACAGACAUAAUCAUGCUAAUAUUAAUGUUACUGAGAAUCAUAGUAAUAAUAUGAAAUCAAUGCAUAACAAUAAAUAUAAUAAUCCAAGAUUAACAAUGAGUUAUUCUGAACUAUUAAAUUCAUUCAUCCCACAUCAUUGUCAUAAUCAAUUCAAAUUGUGUGGAGUUAAUGAUGUCAAUAAUAUCAGUAAUAGUACUGGUAAUGAUGUUAAUGAUGUUAACAUUGAAAGAUUAGAUCAGUUAACUCAAUCUCAAACUAUAGAUUCCAAUACUUCCAAUAAUCUAUGUCAUAGAUCAACAAAUAUCAGUCAACAAUUCAAUACCGAUAACAAUCAUGGUAACAAUAAUGAGAUUAUUCAUACUGAUGAUACUUCAUGUAAUCCACAAGUAUUAUUAAAUAAUUCUGAAAUGAGUGAUAUUGAUGAUAUAAGUCAAUCUAAUUCUUAUCCAAUACAAUCAAUAACAAAAAAUAAUUCAUUAUUAUUAUUAAAUGAACAAACUAUUAAUCAAAUAGAAUUGAAUCCACCUAUUUUACCUACUCGUACAAGUUCAUUAAUUAUGAAUAAUAAAAAGUAUCAUUCUAAUAAACAGAAUAAAAUAAAUAAUACAUUACCAUCUAUUUUAAUACCUAGUUCAUCAUCAUCAUUAUCUAAUUCAAAUAAUGAUCAAAAUUAUAUUAUGCAACAAAGUAUGAUAGAUUAUACUCACAAUCAUGAUAUUAAUCAUUUACAUUAUUCUAUAACUAAUUUAAAUCAUUUACAACAUUUAAAUUUAUCUCAAUCUAAUCAUUUAUCUAAACAUAAUAAAAUUGCCAAUGAAAGAAACUAUGAAAAUACAUCGGAAUUCAUUACAAUGAUAGAAUCUAUGGAAACAAUAUCUAAUAAUGAAUUAAUGAUAAAAUCAUAUUCAUCACAACAAUCACCAACAUUAUGUAAUCAUGAAUUACCAAUAACAUCAUCAUCUUCUUCUUCUUUAUCACCUGAUUGUAAUCAAAAUAAUAUAAUAAAUUUAAAUCAAUCUAUUGAAAGAUCAUCAACAAUUACAUUAACUGAUUCUUCUUCUAAUAAUAAACAAUUAAAUUUAUCAAAUCAAUCACAAAUUAAUUAUAAUCAGUCAUUGAUUUCUGAUUAUAUUCCAACAAGUCCAUCAUGUGGUGCAUUAGAGCAAUUUAUGCCAACAAAUCAUGCUUCAAGAUUACUUGGUCGUAUGUCUGAUAAAUUACGUGAUGGUCGAUUAGCUGAUGUGAUUUUAAUUGCUGGUAUGAAAUUGAAUAAUAAUAAUAAUAAUUCAAUAUUAUCAACAAAUACAAAAUAUCCAAAUGUAAUUAAUGAUUCAAUUCAUGCAUUAAAUAAUCAUGGUAAAUCAGAUUUAAAUAAUUCAUCUAAUGAAUUAAUUAUUCGAAUACCUGCACAUCGUGUUAUAUUAGCUGCAGCUAGUGAUUAUUUUGCUGCUAUGUUUGGUAAUGAAUUAAAAGAAGCUACUGAACAAGAAAUAUGGAUUCAUGAUGUUGAACCUAAUGCAUUAAAAACAUUGAUCAAUUAUAUUUAUACAGGUUAUCUAGAUUUACGUGAGGAAACUGUUAGUGAUUUGUUAGCGGCAGCUUGUUUUCUACAAAUUACUGAAGCAUCACAAACAUGUGAACGAUUUUUAACUAAACGUUUAGAUGCAACAAAUUGUUUAAGUAUGUCACGUUUAAGUGAACAAUAUGGAUGUGAAUUAUUAAGAAAACGUUCUACAAAAUUUAUUUUAGAACAUUUUUCAGAUGUUGCUCAACAACCAGAUUUUCUAAACUUAAAUUUUAAAGAACUUGUCACAUUGGUCUCUUCUGAUCGUUUAAAAGUAUCUAAUGAGGCUACAGUAUUUGCUGCUUGUUUACGAUGGAUCAGAAAUGUUAAACAAAAAGAAUGUAAAACAGAAAUUUAUGGGAAUGAACCAUUAUUGGCUAACUUAUUAAAAUGUGUACGAUUGACCCAAGUACCUCCACGGCUUUUGAUUGAUGUUUUAGAAAAAGAAACACUAUUCCAAGAAGAUUUUUUAGCGAUACGUUUAGUUAUAUCUGCACUACGUGCACAUUUCACUUCUGAAUCAUUUUAUUCACAAAUUCACAAAACUCCUACAAGAACUAAUUUAGAUUGGUGUCUUAAAACUACUACAUCAACAAACAAUACUAAUGAUAUCAGUAAUAAUACUUUAUUAGAUACAAGAACAUCAUCAACAUCGUCACAUUCAUCAUUAUCCUCAUCAUCAACAGCUAAUGAUACACAAAACAAGUUGGAAGAAACUAUCAUUAGUACUAGUAAUGGUAUUAGUAGUAGUCGAACUCACAAUUAUAAUCGUUAUCAUCAUCAUCAUACAGACCAACCAUAUCAAUCUCCACAAUUUAGUAUUAGAAUGCCCGAUAAUCAAGUUCUAAACUGUCAUGAAAAUUUUAGUCAAAUAACUAAACCAAGAUUAUCAACAAUUGGACGUUUAUGGGCUUUAGGAGGAAAAACCAUGACAACAACACGUGCAUUACAAGAAAUACUUGAAUAUGAUCCAUACUGGAAUACUUGGCGUACAAUUGGUCAAUUACCAGGUCAAAGACAACAAUGUGGCUGUACUAUAUUAAUAGAUGGACGAUUAUUAGUUGUCGGAGGUCGAGAUGAAUUGAAAACUUUAAGUACUGUUGAAUGUAUUAAUAUUGAAGAAAUAUCUCAAUUGAAUGAAUGUGCAACAGAUUAUGGAAGAAAAGUUAGUAAUAAAUUAUCAUCGGAAACUUUAUCAAGACCUAGAGCAAUAAGAAAUCGUUCAAGACAGAAUAGUACAGAUCGCAAUGAACCUGAUGGUAAUAAUACUAAUCAAUUAGAAUUAUGUGUUGAAUCGGCUAGUACUACUCUUACUUCUACAGGAAUAGGAACGUACAGAUCAGAACAACAAGGACAAUCUAAUUCACACAACUGUACAACAUCAUCGAUUAAUAAAGAAGUACAAAAUAAAGAAGAACAAGGCAGUUGGAAAAUUGUCUCAGCAAUGGCAACACAUCGACAUGGUCUAGGAGUAGCCGUUUUGGAAGGUGUUGUCUAUGCAGUUGGUGGACAUGAUGGAUGGUCUUAUUUAAAUACUGUAGAACGAUGGAAUGGUAAAGCGAAAGCCUGGUCACCUGUUACUCCAAUGGCUGUUCAACGUAGCACAGUUGGAGUUGCUGUUCUAGAAGGACUAUUAUAUGCUGUUGGUGGUCGGGAUGGAAGUGCUUGUCUACGAACAGUGGAAAGAUUUAAUCCUCAUACACAACAUUGGUGUUUUAUUGCCCCCAUGUUGCAUCGUCGUGGCGGAGUUGGAGUAGGCGCUAUUGGUGGACGUUUAUAUGCAGUUGGUGGUCAUAAUGCUCCACCAAAUCAGCCUCAUGCACUAAGAACAGCUAGUGUUGAAAUGUAUGAACCACGCACUGAUAUGUGGACAGAAGUAUGUGCUUUGUCAUCUCCAAGAGAUUCUAUUGCCGUGGCUCCGCUCGGUUAUAAACUAUAUGCUUUAGGUGGACAUGAUGGACAAGCUUAUACGGAUCGUGUAGAAGUAUAUGAUCCAGAAGAAAAUAAAUGGACUGAAGCAGCUCCAUUACCAAGUGGACGAGCAGGAAUCGCUGUAGCAGCUAGUGGACCAGGUGUCACUGAUACUAAUUUCAGUAUAAAAUUAUCUUAUCAUAAAGUAGAUCCACUUAUUUAAUUGAAUGUGAUCAUAUCACAUGAAACCAAAGAACAUAACUUGGUUGGAUAAAACACUUUUUUUUUAAAAAUCCAUUAUUUAAAAUGUCUGUAUAUUGUAAUCAUUCGUUUUAAUUUAAUUCACUCAUUUAACAGUUUGUUUGUUUGUUUUUUGAAAGAAAAAACAUAAUAUCGUUAUUGAAUGUAUUUUAAAUUGAUAUAAGAUUUAUCUGGUCGACUUCAGAACAUUUUGGAAUAGACUCAUGAUGAAGUGCUUU